GUCCCUUAGCGCGGUGGCUCCCCUGCCCCCCACCUGCUCCCCGGGCCCCGCCCAGCAGGUGUCUAGUCCCUCCCACCAGCCCGCAGCUCCUCCUGCCCGCGGGCAGCCCCGAGAGGAUUCCCAGUCCUGCCCGCCGUGUUUCGGCCCCUCUCACUGGGCCCACAGCCCGGCCCACCACCGUGCUGCCGGGUCGCGAUCACCCCUCCCGGCCCCGCCCAGCCCCGUGCCCCGCCAUCCACAAACCCUUCCCACCCCCAGAGAACCGCGCGCUGCGCCUGGUGGACGGUGGCGGCCCCUGCGCCGGCCGCGUGGAGAUGCUGGAGCGCGGCCAGUGGGGGUCCGUGUGCGAUGACACGUGGGACCUGGAGGACGCCCACGUCGUGUGCCGGCAACUGAGCUGCGGCUGGGCAGUCCAGGCCCUGCCCGGCUUGCACUUCGCGCCCGGCCGAGGGCCCAUCCACCGGGACCAGGUGAACUGCUCCGGGACCGAGGCCUACCUGUGGGACUGCCCGGGGCUGCCGGGAGACCACUACUGCGGCCACAAGGAGGACGCGGGCGUGGUGUGCUCAGAGCACCAGUCCUGGCGCCUGACCGGGGGCGCGGACCCCUGCGAAGGACAGGUGGAGGUGUACUUCCGAGGGCUAUGGAGCACCGUCUGUGACAGCGAGUGGUACCCGCCGGAGGCCGACGUGCUCUGCCGGGCCUUGGGCUGUGGGACCGUGGUCGAACGACCCAAGGGUCUGCCCCACUCGCUGUCGGGCAGGAUGUACUACUCCUGCACCGGAGCGGAGCCCACACUUGCCAACUGCUCCUGGCGGUUCAACAACUCCAACCUCUGCAGCCAGUCGCUGGCAGCCAGGGUCCUCUGCUCAGGUUCCCGGAGUCUGCACAAUCUGUCCACCGAAGUCCCUGCAAGUGUCCAGUCGGUCACUCUAGAAUCUUCUGUGACUGUGAAAAUGGAAGACAAGGAAUCUUGGGAGCUAAUGCUCCUCAUCCUCUGCAUCAUUCUGGGAAUUCUCCUCUUUGCCUCACUCAUCUCCAUAGUCUUCAUCCUCUUGAGAGUUAAAGGAAAAUAUGCUCUCCCUGCUACAGUGAACCAUCAGCACCUACCCACCACCAUCCCAGCAGGGAUCAAUAGCUAUCAAGCGGUCCCCAUCACUAUCCCCAAAGAAGAAGUUCCCAAGCUGCCCAUCCAGGCCCAGGCCCCACCCCCCAAGGACUCGGACUCCAGCUCGGACUCAGACUAUGAGCACUAUGACUUCAGCGCCCAGCCUCCUGUGGCCCUGACCACCUUCUACAAUUCCCAGCGGCACCGGGUCACGGAUGAGGAGGUCCAGCAGAGCAGGUUCCAGAUGCCGCCCUUGGAGGAAGGACUUGAAGAGCUGCAUACCUCCCACGUGCCAGCUGCCAUCCCCGGACACUGCGUUGCAGAGCCCCUCCCCCUAGGCCCUCAGCACCACCCAAGGAGCAGCAGUGGGUCCAGCACAUCUUCCGGGGAGGAUUACUGCAAUAGCCCCCACAGCAAGCCCCCUCCAUGGAACCCCCCUGGGUUUUCUUCAGAGAGGAGGCCAUUCCUGGAACAGCCCCUGAACCUGGAGCUGGCUGGCUCCCGGACAACCUUUCCAGCAGGGUCCUCAGCUGAUGACAGCUCCAGCACCUCGUCCGGAGAGUGGUACCAGAACUUCCAGCCACCACCCCAGCCCCCUUCAGUGGAGCAGUUUGGGUGUCCAGGGUCCCACAGUCCCCAGCCCGACUCCACCGACAAUGAUGAGUAUGAUGACAUCGGAGCAGCCUAG